AUGCGCGAGCGUUUCCUACGCGAGGGAUACGUCCCUACUCCCCAAGACAAAGCUCUAGACUUCCGUCGCCGCUACUUCUUCCACAUGGCCCCCUCCGGCCUCCUCAAGGACGGCUCAGACCCUGUGGACCGCAUCUUCAACGAGAAGGUCACCCGCAAGUUCCUUCCUCCAGGAGAUCUCCGCCGGCUUCUUGGCCUCCAGAACGAUGCAGAAUCCGACGAAUACCUGAAGCGGAUGAUCAGCGCCCACGAGCGCACGAUGCUCCGGGCCUUUAUGUAUCUUCGCGCCGAUCCGCCCACCAGCCUGACGGCGUGGGUGCCGAUCGGGGACGUCUCGCUGGAGGCUGGCGGGCUGAUGUACCUAGAGAAGUCGACGGAAAUUGGGCGCAGGACGGGGGAGGAAUUCCGUCGCAAUGCGGGGAAUUUUACCGAUGAGAAGCGUAAUCGGAAGUGGUUGAUCACGAAGUAUGAGGCUGGGGAUGUCAUCUUUCAUGAUCCUUUUCUAGUGCACGCGACUUGCAACAAUAAGGAUCCAAAGCGAAAGAUUCGGUUGGCCACAGAUUUGAGGUUCGUGGAUGCGAAUCUAACGUACGAUCAGGUUGGUUCCCAUUCUUCCUGCCACGUGCAAUAG